GGUAAAGCGAAGCGCCGCUGCGGGCCGCCAGAAUGGAGUGGACGGAGAGUCGGAGGGACCCUAAAAGUUAGGGGCGGGGAUCCCACACUUGAACCUGCUCACCAGCUAAGCCUGGGAAAACCGUGUGCUGCCGAAUACUGGGCCCCCCUCGGAGGGGUUGAGCUGGGGAGAUAGCGUGGGCGUGGGCCUUAUCUGCACACUGACAGGAGACACUGGUGCUAGGGCCUCUCUAUCACUCAUUUUCUCUGGUUCCCCCUAUCUCGUGGGUAAGUCCUGGCCUCUGAACGAAGACCUGACUCUUCCACCAGCACGUACAGGCGCGCCCUGCCUUAGAUGCUCACAAAUCAUUCUGCCCGGUUUCUCCACCUUUCCCCUAGGCCUUACAAUGGGCCGGACUGUGAUCGUGCUUGGUGGAGGUAUCAGUGGAUUGGCCGCAAGUUAUCAUCUGAUCCGAGGCCCCUGUCCUCCUAAAGUGAUCUUACUGGAGGGCAGCAAGCGUUUGGGAGGCUGGAUCCGCUCGGUCCGAGGAUCAGAUGGUGCGAUCUUUGAACUUGGACCUCGAGGAAUUAGGCCGGCUGGAGUGCUGGGAGCCCGAACUCUGCUCCUGGUUUCUGAGCUUGGCUUGGAGUCGGAAGUCUUGCCUGUCCGAGGGAAUCACCCAGCUGCCCAGAACAGGUUCCUGUAUGUCGGUGGUGCUCUGCACCCCCUACCCUCUGGCCUCAGGGGGCUACUCCGUCCUUCACCCCCCUUCUCCAAAGCUCUGUUUUGGGCUGGGCUGAGGGAUUUGAUGAAGCCCAGGGGCAAAGAGCCUGAUGAGACUGUGCACAGUUUUGCCCAGCGCCGCCUUGGACCUGAGGUGGCCUCUUUAGCCAUGGACAGUCUUUGCCGAGGAGUGUUUGCAGGCAACAGCCGUGAACUCAGUGUCCGCUCCUGCUUUCCCAGUCUCUUCCAAGCUGAGCAAACCCACCGGUCCAUAUUACUGGGGCUGCUGCUGGGGGCAGGACGGAGUCCACAGCCAGAUUCCUCAUUAAUUCGUCAGGCCCGGGCCGAGCGAUGGAGCCAGUGGUCACUCCGUGGAGGGCUGGAGAUGUUGCCCCAAGCCCUUCACAACCACCUAAUUAGUAAAGGAGUCACUGUCUUCAAAGGUCAGCCAGUCUGUGGGCUCAGCCUCCAGCCAGAAGGGCGAUGGAAGGUGUUUCUAGGGGACAGCAGUCUGGAGGCUGACCACAUUAUUAGUGCCAUUCCAGCUGCAGUGCUCAGCAAGCUGCUCCCUGCUGAGGCUACACCUCUCGCUCAUGUCCUGAGUACCAUCACUGCUGUGUCUGUCGCCGUGGUGAAUCUGCAGUACCAAGGAGCUUGUCUGCCGGUUCAGGGAUUUGGACAUUUGGUGCCAUCAUCAGAAGACCCAACUGUCCUGGGAAUCGUGUAUGACUCAGUUGCUUUUCCUGAGCAGGAUGGGAACCCUCCACGCCUCAGAGUAACUGUGAUGCUGGGAGGCUACUGGUUAGAGAGACUAGAAGCUGAUGGCCAUGACCUGUCUCCAGAGCUGUUCCAAGAGCAAGCACAGGCAGCAGCUGCUACGCACUUAGGACUGAGGGAGCGGCCGAGUUACUGCUUGGUCCAUUUACACAAGAACUGCAUCCCUCAGUAUACACUAGGCCACUGGCAAAAACUAGAGUCAGCUCUGCGUUUCCUGACUGCUCAAAGGCUGCCCCUGACUUUGGCUGGAGCUUCCUAUGAGGGGGUCGCUGUCAAUGACUGUAUAGAGAGUGGGCGCCAGGCAGCACUGGCUGUCCUGGGCACGGAAUCUAACAGCUGAUCCCCCCUCUCCCGCUCAUGAAAAUAAAACUUGCUGGAAUUUGG